AUGGCAUCCAGACUUGUGUGCAUGUUGCCACUCGUGGCGUGCACGCUCGGGUCUGAAAUCAGAUCUCAUCAACUUCUCCGAGAGAAGUUUGAGGUCUUUCGCCAGAAGUACGGCCGUUCUUAUGAGGAAGGCACAGAGGAGUACGAACAUCGGUAUGCAUUGUUCCGCAAAGCAGAUGUGCUGGCCGAGCGUUUCAACAGUCGCCCAGGGCGUUUGUGGACCGCCGGAACAGGCCCCCUAGCCGAUCGUAGUGAGGAGGAGCUGCAGGCCCUGAGGGGCUGGUUCGGCAGUGCCCGUGGCCAAGGCCGCGCCCGCCACGGCAACCUUCGGGCGGCCUCACUGGCACAGCUUGGCUCUGCAGACACACCGCAGGAGUUUCUGAACUGGACAUCUUUGACGACCUUGGCAAAUGUUCGGGACCAGGGAGGCUGUGGCUCCUGUUGGGCCGUGACUGCCUCCACGGUCUUGGACAGUCACGCCGAGAUCUACAAGUCAAAGCAGAGGAGUUUCUCAGCUCAGGAGCUCGUGUCCUGCGUUCCCAACCCCAAGAAGUGCGGCGGCUCAGGUGCCUGCAGCGGCGCAACAGUCGAGCUCGCCUUCCAGUACGUCAUGGAUCAUCCUGUGCAAACUGACUUGACUGUUCCUUACCAGGCUGUCGAUGGCCACUGCCAGAGUGAGGAAAGUGCCCAAAGUGCCCGAAGUGCCCAUGGCACUGCCUUGAUCCAAGACUCCGAUGACUCCACAGAUGACUCGGCAGACUCCAAAGAGGACACCGAAGGUGACACCGACCUGGAUGUCGCCGCAGUCGGCUUUCAUGCUGCAAGCUCGGAGGCUCCGGGAAUGAAGUUCAUGACUGGCUGGGAGCGACUGCCGGAGAAUGGGUACUCACCGCUUCUGCGCGCGGUCUACGAGCGGGGUCCUGUCGCAGUCUCUGUGGAUGCCACUUCCUGGAGCUCCUACAUGUACGGGAUCUUCGACUCCUGUGAGAAAGAUGCCGUCAUCAACCAUGCGGUUACGCUGGUGGGCUACGGCGUGGAGAAGGGCACGAUGUACUGGACAAUUCAGAACUCCUGGGGUCCCAAUUGGGGCGAGGAUGGCAAGAUCCGGCUUGUGAGACGUGAUGACGACGAGAGCUACUGUGGCAUCGAUCACCAGCCUGAGGAGGGGACUGGAUGCGAAGGUGGGCCCAAACAGGUCAAGGUCUGCGGCAUGUGUGGCAUCCUCUACGACAAUGCGGAAGUUGUUCUGGGGGGUGAAAAUGUGCACGGCAGGCCUAUUCCCAAAGUCAAGCUGGCCAUGCCGAAUUCAGACUUGGAUGAUGAUGAGGGUCUCGGCUGGGUGGGUGAGGCCGAAAGCGGCUCCCAACCGUCCCACGCAACUGCGUCAACCGCGGCAACCUUUAUCCGUGCAGAGGUGGUGAUACCCGAAGGCCUCGAGCCCGGUGACGCGUUUGAGGUUGUUCUGGAGGGCAUUCCCUUCGAAGUCACGGUGCCGAAAGACAAAAGGGCAAACGAUGUCCUCGAGCUUGAGGUGCCCGCAGAGGAGUUCGAGAGCCGCGGAACUUCGGACACACCGGAACCUCACCUUCAACCAGAAGACCAGAGGCGACAUGUCUCCUUUACGGAUGCCGAGCCUGCCGUCGUCUUGUUCAGGCCAGAAGUGGGUGGUCUGCAUGGACCGGGGCAGCUAACUUCGGACGAGCUGCGGCGGUGUGAAAAGUGUGAAAAGGUUGAGCUGGUUGUCCCAGCAGGAUGCCGUCCAGGUGACGUGCUGAACGUGAACGCGGGCAGUUCAGAGAUGGAAAUCACAGUGCCCGAAAACUGCAGACCCGGCGACAUUCUGGAGGUGAAUCUGCCAAGCCCAGCGGGGAGCCCGGAGGAGAGCCCAGAAGAGAGCCCGGAGGAGAGCCCGGAAGAGAGCCCGGAGGAGAGCGAGAUGGAGGUGCAAAGGACCGAAGUGCCCGAGGUCCUUGCGUUGGAGGACGGCGAGGUAGAGCCGUCCAAGGCUGAGGUGAUAGAGGGCCAAGAGGAGGCACAGCAAACACGGGAAGCAGUGGAAACACAGGAACAGGCGGCGGAUGAGCCGAGGAAGCCAGGCCCAAAACAGCCUGGGGCAGAAGACUCAGCAGACAAAAUCAAAGCUGAGGAGCCAGCACGCGAUUCCUGCGACGCGUUGCAGGCAGGGAGGGAGCCCAGCCAGGAAGCCCUGGAUCCCACUCCGCUGGAUCCGCUGGAUGUGGGAGCCCUCGCAACCGAGUCUUCCGAGUCAAAGCUUGAAAAGCUUGAAGCAGAGGAAUCUGUCCAAGAACCUUCAGCUGAUCAGCCGGCCGAGGUCGUUGAGACUGAUCUCCAGUCGAACCCCCCUCCUGGUGACGAGGCCACGCCACCAGGCCUCGAGAUCCUCGAGCUUGAGCCAGAGUCAGAUCCCGUGCCCUCGGGGUCUUUAGAGAAGGUGGAACACGCGGAACUUGUGGAACAUGUGGAACAUGUGGAACAUGUGGAACAUGUGGAACUCGUGGAGCACGUGGACCUUGCGGAGCCCGACCCAGCAGAAGCCGAAGCGUCUGCCCGGUCUGCAAGGCUGACCGAGCUUGAGGUUCGCAAUGCGGAGCUGCAGGAAAUGGUGUACAAGCUGGAGCGCGAAAAGAAAUUCCUCUCCAGUUCUCUGACGGCAUCGUUGACUACGUCAUAUGCCAAGAGCCAGGUUUACUUGGGCAAGCACACCAGGAACACCAACGGCUGCCAGAAGGCAAAGGAGGAGGCCAAGAAGCGGCGUCGCGCCAGUGAGCAGAAGCAGGCCUUCGUCCAGACGGAGCCAGCCGAUCCUACUUGUCCUGCUGGGGAAAGUUUUCAGGCGAUGGGAAGCGUUAAUUUCACACAGCUCCCGCCGGCGUUGCCGGAGAUGCCGCUAAUUCUACCCAAUGCACGAACGCCUUGCCUGGAGGAGUGGGAACAUGAUGACGCCAGCAUGGCAACGCUGAAGAUGGCAGUCUUGACCCUGAAGCAGCAAAAGGAGGACUUGCGCCAGAAGCUUGCGGCAACGCAGAAGGAGAAGAUCAGGCUGGAGCUCCAGGAGCGAAACUCCGUGCAGCUUGAAGCCUACGCUCAAGCUUUGCUGUCUCUGAAGAAAGAGAAUGCUGAGCUUCGGGAGAUUGCGUUGCAGGCGCUUCGGGGCAAAGAGGCGAGCGAAAAAGUCAAGGUGGAGGAGCCGAGGGUCAUCAAAGCCUUCAACAAGAUGUCGCAGAAGUGCCUGGCCUCCGUUGCAAGCAGGCACACAUCUGUGGAAGCUGCCAGCAAGUGGCUGAAUGCCCCGCCACCUUCCACCAAGCCCAGGCGGCACAAGGUCCUGCCCGUGGAUCUCGAGGAGGUUGCUGCCAGGCAAGCCACGCUGCCUGUCGGUCAUGCUGGAGGCCUGCAGGGCGUCCGAGGUCGGAGCCAGAGUGACGGUUGUAUCAGGGUUUCCGCGAAGCCACUGGUGUCAGUAGAUGAGCAGCGAGGGCCAGCGCUGGGCCCGAUACUUUCCAGAGCACAAUCUGCACCGAAAGGCGAAGCUGGUAUUGAGGUCCUGGCAUCUCCAGGCGGGGCAUCCGCGGUGCACAUGCCUGUGGAGCAGUCUCCUGCAUCUGCCCAGUCUGCACAAAGCCGAGUGAUGCAGACGCAGCCGACCGCCGAAUCGGCCACAUCUACAAUGGCUUGGUCAUCGUGGCGCCAGCGGGACAGGACCUGGUUGGCCCAGGGAAGGCAGGAGGAAGUUCCUGGAACGGCUGCGAAUGUGACCAUGGAGGGCCGACUGGCAACAGCAGCGAUCUAUGCCGGAGCUGCAAUGAACGCCAACGCAGUGGGCUGGGGAGCAACAGCUCGAGCUGCAGAAGCCGCAGCCCGGCAAAAGUAUGUCACGCAAUCGAAGAACUCAAAGGACUCGCCUUCCCCGGAUCCUGUGAGCUCAGCGCUCGAUGCAGCCCUUAUCGCUCCCCUGGUCGAUGGCAUUGCGCCCGCCCAGGUGAAUGAGCGAGCUGCCAGCGGGGCCCUCGUCCUGGAACCUGGCCAGGCACCACAGCUCCAGUGUGUGGACGAGUUUACCUGUACUUCUCCAAGCCACGCAGACUCCAUGCUGGCGGCAGAUGACAACCAGCUCCGCAGCUUCUUCACAGGCAGCUCAUACCUGGAUGGGCUUGACCUUGCAGCUUGCUGCCCUCAGUUCAGCUUGGCUGAUGGCAGCGGUGGCCCCUGCGGGGAUGGCUUCCCCAUCUUCCGCCACACUUUCACCGGGGCCUUACUGCUUGGGCAUGCAGUCUUCCUUUCCCAGCCCGGAGCUUCACAGGAUCUCCGACUAGUAUACCGUCGUGGGCCGCUCCCCGCUGUUCGCCGGUUCGGUGAAGGUCUCUUCGGCCGCGCAGAGCUUUUGCAUGAGUUGAUUGCUGGCUCCAAAGAUGACGGCAUGAGUCCAAGGGACGCAGGUUCUCACGGUGGCUUCCUCGCGCUCUGCCAUGGCCCACGCAGCAUCUCUGGCGAGACGGGUGGGAGUGAGUUUGACAGCCACUGUUACGUACCCAUUGUUGUCGACGCGCGAAGCUGCAGCCCCUGCAGCUCGGCCAGCAGAAUUGCCUUCGAUAGUGAAGCGGUUGACGUUUCGAGUCACACUUUGGUCUCUCUGCCUGACGUAGAGCUGGGGGUAGGCUUUGCUUUCGAAGCCAUCGAAUGGCGUUUGCGGCGAGAGCUUCACAACACUGAUGGGGAAGGGCCAGCAGUGCGAAGUCUUGCGCACUUCCUGUCAUCCAUGGGGCAGACGGAGGAAGCUGCAGAGCUAUGGCAGCGAGCGCUCCAGAGCGACGAGGCAGCAUCGGGCGAGGCUGGCGACACCCUGCAGGUGGCGCAGUCCGCACGGGCACUGGCCUCUUGCCUCGAUGACCUGGGCCGUGCUGGGGAGGCAGAGCUCGUCUACGGCAAGGCAUUGGCCUUCUUUGAGAAGUCGCUGGGCCGCUCCAGCGGCGAUGUGGCCAAUGUGCAGCUGGCCUUGGCGACCUGCCGCUACGUGCAAGGGUUGGCAAAGAAGCAUGGCAUUCCCCCGUCAUCUGGCGAUGCGCUUCUUCGCCUGGAGGGAGCUUCCGCCCAAGCGCUUGCGGCAAUCUUCGGCAAGGCAGUAGGUGCUGAGAAGGAGGAGGAUUGGAACACCAGUGAGCUCUUUUACAGACAGGCUCUGGGCAUCUUGCGGAGAACCUUGGGGCUGCAUCAUCCGGACACGCUGCACUGCCUGAACAACCUCGCUCUGUGCCUCGGGGACCAGGGCAAGCUGAAUCAAGCAGAGCAGCUGCUGCGCCGGACCCUGGCUGGAAUGGAGGUGGUUCUCUCACCGAAGCACCCUCGACCCAUCCAGGUUCUGAGCAACUUGGCCUGUUGUCUUGCAGAGCAGGGCAAGUUGGAGGAGGCAGAGCGGCAUCACCGGAAUGCUUUCGACGCUUGCAAGCGCAAGCUGGGUUGGAAGCAUCCAGAGACUGCCACUGCAGCGCAGAGCCUUGCGCAGUUCCUCAUACUUCACGGCCGCUCAACAGAGGCAGCCCUCAUCGAGCUCCAGGCACAGCAGUUCGGAACAAGGUUGCUGACUCCAAAAAGGUGA